GCUAUCGCCAUCAACGACGACGACAACACUUACUAUACCGAAAUAUCACCCGAUAUCACCUUACUAAGCAGAUAUGAGGCAUAUGGUCACGGAGUGCCAGGACCCCCAGCACUUAGUCAGAUCCUGGCAUCAAGAUAGACCUUGACCCUAAUGGACGACGGUAGUCAACGCAAGGUCAAAGGCCUGAACAGAGAUGCGUGAUAUGGGAAAUCGGCGCUCUCGUUCGGGAGUAGAACAGAAGAUUCGCGCGUGAAAAUCAGGCCUCUGUUCGCCUCUACAACAUUUCAACAAGUUUCGAGCGGAAGUGAUCUAUUCCGUGUUGAUGUGGCAAUCUCUCUCCGCCCCAUGGCCGGCUCAUCUUAGUAGGGCUAGAUGUUACUGGAUGACAGAUCUCUUUCCUUGCGUGUCGGAGCGGGCUGAGAUCGUUUCAGGUCCAUCACAUCUCGGGGAAUCGGGUAGUCGGGUGGCCAACAUGUGAGAUCUCAGAGGAAACCAGUGCUGCAUGCAACAUGGUCGUCGAUCUCUAGAGUCGGAGUUGGGUCCUCCUGAAGAAUUGCACAAAUCGUGUCUGACGGCGCAGAAAAUUCCUCAGGAGGACUGGAGUACCAGCGAAGUACUAGCGGUGGUUUGGCUUCGGGAUCUUUCGACUCACUUGGAGAAUCCAUGCGACAGUGGGCAAGCGAGUCGAUGCGAUGAUAUCGAGUGAUAAGUACCGCUACACUUACAAUCAAUCAAACUUCAGACCUGCGGCCAUCAUGACGCCGAUCGACGACAAGUUCUCGUAUAAAGGGCAGCAGGGGCAGACUGCAUUUCCCCAGAACUGGUUUCUUUCUUCUCGCUCUUCUUCUUUUGCAUUUCGCCCCGACUAGCUCGCCCUUUUCAGAUCUUUUCAUUCGCCUUUCUAUUUCUUUUCACUUCUUUACACAUCAUGAAGUUCUCCGCCGCAUUCAUUACCGCCGCUCUUUACGUCGUUUCUGUCAGCGCUCACGAGCUCCCCUCGCGUUACGCUGGCCAGCGCCGUGGCAAUCAAUUCGUGACUGGUCCAUGCCAGCAAGAUUCUGAUUGUCAGCAAGGGUGCUGUGCCUUUAACACUGGAAAGUGUGCUGGCCCAGCUGUCGCUCAGACUCGGGAUGGAGGAUGCGGUCACGGAAGCCCGGCUCCUAACUGCAAUGUCGCAGCCGCCUUGAAGCUCUCCGACUGCGCGCCCGGUGCAGUGAAUGGCGAUCUGUCCAGCCCUGCCAUCCAGUCCGCUGCUGCGUUCGUGGCUAAGCUGGACAACAUCCCCUUCACCCCGACUGCACCUGCGGCCGCCCCUCCCGCCCCGCCCGCGAGCAACAACGCUGGCGGGGGAGGAACGCCCACGGUGGCUGCUCUCGCUGCUGGUCAAUCUGCACUCGGAUUCGUCACCUCGACUUGUGCCACCGACUCUGAUUGCCAGCAGGGAUGCUGUGCCUUCAACACUGGAAAGUGUGCCGGCCCGGCCAUUGCCCAGACCCGGGACGGAGGCUGCGGUCAUUCCAGCCCGGCUCCUAACUGCAACGUCGCGAAGGCUCUCGGUCUCAAUGAGUGUGCCGCUGGUGCUGUGAACGGCAACCUCCAGGACCCGAAGAUCCAGGCUGCCGCCGCCUUUGUCUCGAUUCUCGACAAUAUUCCGUUCACCCCGAGCGCUGGCUCUGCCGCUGCCGCGCCACCACCUGCUGCUGCUGCACCCCCGGCUUCGAACAACGCUGCCGGCGGAACCAAGUCGGUCUCGGCUCUUGCUGCUUCCCAGUCUCCUCUCGGAUUCGUCACCUCGACUUGCGCCACUGACUCUGACUGCCAACAGGGCUGCUGUGCAUUCAACACCGGAAAGUGCGCUGGUCCCGCGAUUGCCCAGACCCGUGACGGAGGCUGUGGUCACUCCAGCCCCGCCCCGAACUGCAACGUCGCCAAGGCCCUUGGUCUCAAUGAAUGUGCUGCCGGCGCUGUGAACGGAAACCUCCAGGACCCGAAGAUCCAGGCUGCUGCCGCCUUCGUCUCCAUCCUCGACAACAUCCCCUUCACCCCUGCGUAAAUGAGUAAUGCCACGGAGAUUGAUGAGAAAUAGUUCCCACCACCUGCACUGUAUGACCUAGGCUAUUAGUAGGAUAUCGGCUGUGUCGAUAACGCGAAUGAAAAAAUUGGGGGUGUUUGCAAGAAACGUGCUGUUAUCGAACACAUUGGAAGCUCGCUCUGGUCCGCCCCGAGGCGCAUCAGUCG